CUCCAGAAGAGUCGGAGUGGCCGGGCGGUUUGUGGCCAUCCUUCUGCUUCCGCGGGCUUCAGCGGGCCACGGGAACGUGAAACAAAAAAGACUCUGGACGAUAAGCCGGCCCUAGGGAAGUGGUGCAGGCCUCCGGGGUCCACGCAUCGAAACAGCUGGAGCGCCGGAUGUCUUGGGACGUCCGUGGCCAGUUCGGCCGAGGCUAUUUUUGUAUGGCUAGAGCACGCUCGUGCGCAUGGCACGGGACGCUUCUUUUUGUCGUUUGCUUCUUGGCGUGCGUAAUCUCGGUAUUUUUGUUUCUCCCUCGUCGGGCCUUCAGUGCAACUGGUACGAGUCAUCGCGCGAAAUGGUAUUUGAGGGAGCCAGGCACCGACUGCGCGGUCCCAUUCGUUGCUGCCGACGGUGUUUUACGUCCAGGUGAGGCUGCUCAGCUACAUGCGGCAUAUUCGGGCCGAAGUGAAGGAGAAUUCUGGUUCGGGCGAAGCGAUGAGCCCCGAGACAUUCUGGAGGAGGCAAUUCAUCGUUUGCUUGUAUACGAUUUGCAGCAUAUUCUUCCAGGAGGUGUUGCCGCGACUGUGGCUGGUGUGUCCUGGCGCAUCAUCUACCUCAACAAUUCACGACCCCAGCACACUUUUCAUUUCGACAGCGACGAAGCCACGGACUAUGCCAUGGAGGAUAUUCCUUUGAUACAUCCUCUGCUCUCCACUGUUACCUAUCUGAGUGAUCUUGGCGGACCUACUGUUCUGAUGAACUACACGAUGGCCGACCCAGAGGACCCGCUCAAACUGCCUUCGAACAUGUGGUUGGUCAUGCCUCGAGCGGGCAAGCAUCUGGCGUUCGAUCCUCGCCUGCUCCACGGCGUCUUGAGCGCCCUGCGCAGCCCGUGCGUCUCCUCGCUCGCUGGCUGCGCUGGAUCCUCCCGCGAUAGCCGCUUCGUGCUGGGAAUGAACUUCUGGGAGGUUCGUAGUGCCGAAAGUCGACCGAAUGAGUACAGACCAGGCAGCCUGCGACACUUCUCUGCAGCCGGGAGUGCCAGCGAGGCAGAGUCAGAGGUCCGGGUGCCCACAAUGUGUGGUGCUGCGGGCGGGCAGGACCGACGAGUCAUUUCUGCGAGCCCUGGUGAGAACGUGCAACGUUUCGAGCUGCAAACGUUCGGGUUCGGUAAAGAUGUUAGAGAGUUGUGGCACCCAAUGGAUAUUUUCUUGAAAGUUCCUCGUUUGCAGCUACUCGAUUUCGAACAUGCUGAACGGGGGGGUACAUACGAUUACACCCUCGAUGCGUCGGCUAUUGAGUAUGUUUAUGAUCACCCAGGUCGCAAGGUCCAAGCAGCACGGACUAAUUUUGAUAAGGUUGCCCACGCAAUCGCUGUAAAGAUGCUGAGGAACCGAUGUGAGCUGUUCGAGCUUAACGCUUCUGCAAUGAAUCCACCAGGCGCCGUGAAGUUCUGCAGCCGUGCUGAUGAGCUCUAGUAAUGUUUAUCUGCGGGUUCUGCAUCCUGUGUACCUUUUUGCGUUACCACGCCAUCGAGAGCAACUUAACGACUGAUUUCGCCGACGAGGAUCAUAAUCAGUGAUAGACACGGGCAGGAAGCAGCAGGGAAGCGUCUGAAAGGAAUGUUCGGCGACGAAGCAGGCAUGGCAACAGGGGCCGAUAUUGGCUCAGGGAUCGCUUCAUAUGUUCCUUUAUACGGACUGCUUAGAGGCCCCACACUCGGCGAUGCUGGGUCUCGGGGGAGGCCUCGCGGGAAGUGGGUGGUAUUCCGUAGGGAUUUCUCCCUGAAGGCCGGCCUCCCUUAAAGUGGGUACGACUUGGGCUCGGGAGGAGGCCAGCCUUCCUUCCCCCCACCCGGGAGAGGACCUAUUGAAGCCAACGGAAGAUGGCCACCCA